AUGGAAGGCUCACCAUUUCAAAGUCAUGGCAGCUUUUCAACUGUCAAAAUUGGCUUUGUUGUUGUUUUAUUCAUUCUCUCGUUAGCAUCAUUUGUUCUCCAAACAGAACUCACAAGUAUUCUUUUCAUUAAGUAUGAGUACGAUGAUCCAUUCUUUGUGAUGCUACUUACACACAGUUGCUGGUGGUUGUUAUGGCUGAUACAAUUUGUUUCAGUUGCCCUUUUUAAAACUUUGAAAAGAUAUCGUUUACAUAAAAAAGGUCAAGAUGUUUUGCGCGGAAAGCGUUGGAAAGGACUUCGAAGAGCAUUCACAUCUUCAGUUAAGACCCAACACAGAAAUGUUGCGCAUACUGCGGAGUUAACAGCUGCCAACAACCAUCCAGAAUACGUAAACGAGUUUUCUGACCGUGGAUUUCGCAGAUAUACCGACUUUCUACACAGCAAUGCACUUCAUCAUCUACUUAAAUCAGCAUUAUUACUUUGUUUGGUUCUUAACGUCGCAGGAGCCACAUGGUUUGUGGCUAUGAAGCUUUCAACUGGAGCAGAUGUGACUGCUAUAUAUAACUGUUCGGCUUUUGCGGCAUACUGUUUCUCAAUCCCAAUCCUUCAUGACAGUUUUUCAUGGGUAAAGAUGUCUUCUGUGCUUACCGCCAUCUCAGGAGUUAUGAUUGUUGCUUACGGAGGACAGCAAACUAGGGAUGAGACUCGAGAAUAUCCACACCGGUUUGCCGGAAACGUUAUCAUUCUUGUAGGUGCCAUCUUGUACGGCUUAUAUGAAGUUUUGUAUAAGAGAAAGUGCUGCCCACCCUCAGGAAUUGUUAGUGCAAGGCGUGAGGCCACAUUCUCCAACUUCACAAUGGGUUUAGUUGGUAUCAACAGUUGCAUUCUACUCUGUACAUGUCUUUUCUUUGCUCAUCUAUUUGGAUUUUACAGUGUGAAACUUCCGACAACUACCAAGGCUUGGUGGUUAAUCUGGACCUCUGUUUUCAGUAAUGCCGUGUUUAGUCUCUCUUUUCUUGGCUUAAUGUCACUCACUUCGCCCGUUUUUUCCUCUGUUUCUUCUCUUCUUACAAUUUUGCUCGUUGGAUUUUCCGAAUGGUGGUUUAGAGGAAUUGCAUUAGGCUGGUAUAAAAUAUUCGGUUAUUGUCUUGUUAUGGUUGGUUUUGCACUGCUGACAUACGCAUCUUGGUCUGAAAUUUCUGAAGAAGACACUGAUGAUCAGCUUUUGGAUACUGAUACUGAAUCAUCGUAUAGCACGUUGCCUGGAACGGAGUCUGGUGGCUUUGGAAUACAAUAG